GCGCCCUUCCUUCCUUCCCUUCCUCCACCUCCUCUCGCCUGUGCCUGCAGAGCACCAGCGCAGACCGUCUUUACGUCGUAGCUCCUUCGCUGCAGCUCGCGACACCAUGACCGUCAACGCUACAUACGAUUCCUCGGGCGACCUCAUCCACUGGGACUCCGGCACCCAGACCGCGACGGUCUACAACCUGGGCGACAUCGCCUGGGUCCUCGCGUCCACCGCCCUCGUAUGGAUCAUGAUUCCCGGCGUCGGGUUCUUCUACUCGGGCCUGCUCAGGCGCAAAAAUGCUCUGAGCAUGAUCUACCUCUCGAUGAUGACCCUCGCCGUCGUCUCUUUCCAGUGGUUCUUCUGGGGCUUCUCGCUCGCCUUCUCCGAGACCGGUAGCGCCUACAUCGGCGACCUGAAGUACUUUGCCCUCCGUGGCGUCCUCGACGCGCCCUCCAUUGGCUCGACGCGCAUUCCAUCCAUCGCCUUCUGCGUCUUCCAGCUCAUGUUCGCAGCUAUCACCCCGAUGCUCGCCCUCGGUGCCGUUGCGGAGCGCUCGCGCCUCGGCCCGACUAUCGCCUUCGUCUUCAUUUGGUCUACGAUCGUCUACGACCCAAUCGCGUGCUGGACCUGGAACUCCAACGGUUGGUCGUUCGUCCUCGGCGGCCUCGACUUUGCCGGCGGUACGCCCGUCCACAUCUCCUCCGGCACCGCCGCCCUCGCCAUCUCCAUCUACCUCGGCAAACGCCGCGGAUACGGCACCGAGCGCCUCGCCUACAAGCCCCACAACACCACCUACGUCGUCCUCGGCACCGUCUUCCUCUGGUUCGGUUGGUUUGGAUUCAACGGCGGCUCCGCCCUCUCCGCCAACCUGCGCGCCGUCCAGGCCUGCAUCGUCACCAACCUCGCCGCCUCCGUGGGCGGCCUGACCUGGAUGUUCUGGGACUACCGCCUCGAGCGCAAGUGGUCCGCCGUCGGCUUCUGCUCCGGCGCCAUCUCCGGGCUCGUCGCCAUCACCCCCGGCUCCGGAUUCGUCGGGUCCCCCGCCGCGGUCCUGUUCGGCUUCAUGGCCGGCACGGUGUGCAACUGGGCGACGCAGCUCAAGUUUUUGCUCCGCUACGACGACUGCCUCGAUAUCUUCGCCAGCCACGCGAUCGGCGGUAUCGUCGGGAACGUCCUCACCGGCCUUUUCGCCCAGGCGCGCGUCGCGGCCUACGACGGGAUCACCGAGAUCCCCGGCGGCUGGCUCGACCACCACUACGUCCAGCUUGGCUACCAGAUCGCCGACUCCGUGGCGGGUCUCAGCUACUCCUUCGUCCUCACCACGAUCAUCCUCUGGCUGAUGCACUACAUCCCCGGCAUGCGCCUCCGGUGCGACGAGGAGACGGAGAUCCUCGGCGUGGACGACGCCGAGAUGGGCGAGUUCGCGUACGACUACGUCGGCAUCGAGGCCGAGCUCGGGCACACCCAGCGCCCCGGCGCGGGCGACCACCUCUUCUCGGACAACCUCGUCCCCGAGGGCCAUGGCGCCACCGGCGGCGGGCGCGAGCCGAUGCAUCACCCCCACGACCACCUCGCGAAGAAGGUCGAGGACGGGAGCCACGAGGGCAGCGUCGAGAAGGGCGGCGCGGCGGCGUAGACCUUGGGGGCGGCCGGCUAAAGCCAAGAGUCACAAAUGGACGUCCUUGCCUUUUUUUUUCCCCGUUCGGUUUCGGUCGUGGUUGUUUUAAUCGUCGUUUGAUAUCUAAUCCUUUUUAGUUCCCAAUCGCGAUGUGGACGGUGUGUCUUACUCUUGUUGGACGCAUCCUCCGCCGUCCUCAAUAUCGAACUCUCCAUUCCUAUUCCAUGCUCUUUCACGUCACCGUGUAUGUACCCGUAGGCGAGGUACGAAUAGACGCUUUAACAGCAA